GUCCUAGUAACGAAAAAGGCACUUCCGGUCACAUGUCGCGCUUUGGGCCCACGGUAUCCAAGCAACGAGAUAUCAACUUCCGGUCAGAGCAACAACGCGUUGGCAGGUUUUAUUCAGCUUUAUCCAUCGUAUAGACCGGACCAUGCCGCACAGAGCCAAGCAGGGUGUCGCUCCAGUUCAGAUUCAGAAGCAGAAUGUCUCCAAGCCGAUGAAGACCCUCGCCAGGAGAAGGGAUGAAGAUGACUCCACAGAUAUGGGGGACGGAGCAGAUGAAUGGACGCAGCCCAAGACACUGGUGAAACCUCCAGACCAGCUGGAAUUAUCUGAGGCUGAGCUGAAGGAAGAAUUUACCCGUAUCCUGACCGCCAAUAACCCACACGCUCCACAGAACAUCGUCCGAUACAGCUUCAAAGAGCGGGCGUACAAGCCCAUCAGCAUCGUGGACCAGUUAGCCGUGCACUUCUCUCUGGACGGGAACAUGUUACACAAAGACUCGGACGAGGCGCGGAGACAGAGGGCGAGGAUGGGCGUCAUUGAUGAGACUCUUCCAAGUGACUCCACCGAGCCCGGAGAGAGAGACGCCGAGUCUGUGGCGGCUGGUGAUGAGGGGACAGAGGGGGAAGAACUUCUCCCCAAAAGCAGAAAGGAGCGAAAACUGACCAACCAGUUCAACUACAGCGAGAGGGCGUCACAGACGUACAACAACCCCCUGAGGCAAAGAGCUUCCCAGACAGAACCUCCUCCACGAGCAAAUUUCUCCAGCACCGCAAACCAGUGGGAGAUCUAUGACUCCUAUAUUGAGGAGCUGCAGAAGCAGGAGAAGCUGAAGGAGAAGCAGAAGGCUCCUGCGUCUAAGAAGGAGGACGAGCUCCAGGCCAGGAGAAGAGCGCCCGCCACAGAGUCUCAGAGCGAUGACAUCACUAAGGUGGAGAAAUCCAGCAAGAUAAUAGAGCGGAUGGUGAAUCAGAACACGUUCGAUGACGUAUUGCAAGACUUUAGGUACUUUGAGGAUGUGGCGGACGAGUUCAGGGAGCAGGAGGGAACGUUGCUGCCGCUCUGGAAGUUCCAGUAUGAGAAAGCUAAACGUCUGUCUGUGACUGCCCUCUGCUGGAACCCCAAGUACAAGGACAUGUUUGCAGUGGGCCAUGGGUCAUAUGACUUCAUGAAGCAGACUCGGGGGCUGCUGCUCCUCUACACCCUGAAGAACCCCUCGAACCCCGAGUUCACCUUCAGCACGGAGAGCGGCGUCAUGUGCCUGGACGUCCAUAAGGAUCACCCCUACCUGGUGGCCGUCGGCUUCUAUGAUGGGAACGUGGCCAUCUUCAACCUGAAGUCCGAAUCUCCGCAGCCCAAGUACAUGAGCUCUGCAAAGUCCGGGAAACACACCGACCCCGUGUGGCAGGUCAAAUGGCAGAAAGACGACCUGGACAAGAACCUGAACUUCUUCUCCGUGUCCUCAGACGGGAGAGUGGUGUCCUGGACAUUGAUCAAGAAUGAACUGGUUCACACAGACGUCAUCAGGUUGUCAGUGGAAAGAUCUACGCAGGACAAUGUGGAGGGGCUCCAGCUGCAGACACAUGGCAGCGGCACGUCCUUCGAUUUCCACAGACAGAUCGAUUACCUUUUCCUGGUCGGCACAGAGGAAGGGAGGAUCCAUAAGUGUUCGAAGGCCUACUCCAGCCAGUUCCUGGACACGUUUGAUGCUCACAAUAUGGCGGUGGACACCGUGCGAUGGAAUCCAUUCCACCCUAAAGUCUUCAUCACCUGCAGCUCUGACUGGACUGUAAAGAUCUGGGAACACAGUGUAAAGAAGCCCAUGUUUGUGUUCGACCUGAACUCUGCCGUUGGAGAUGUCGCGUGGGCGCCGUAUUCUUCCACCGUAUUUGCAGCAGUUACCACAGAUGGCAAGGUCCACGUCUUCGACCUGUCCGUCAACAAGUACGAAGCCCUGUGUCAGCAGGCCGUGGUAGCCAAGAAGAAGACCAAACUGACUCACAUUGAGUUCAACCCCGUCUACCCGGUGAUCAUUGUCGGGGACGAUCGCGGUCACGUCAUCUGCCUGAAGUUAUCACCAAACCUGCGCAAAAUGCCAAAGGAGAAGAAGGGUCAAGAAGCUCCUAAAGGUCCAGAGGUGGAAGUAGCCAAACUGGACAAGUUACUUUCCCUGAUCAGGGAACCAGACGACAAGCCUGAAAAGUGACGGGAUAUCUGAUCUUCUGGUGAAUCCAGGGUUAAAUCCUCAGCUCCUUCUGUUUAUAAUAAACC